GUCUAGUGUGCUAAUAUAAUUCAUAGUGUACUCAGGAAGUUUUAUUAUAUAAGAGGUUAACUUUUGGUUUUUCGUUUUUCCUAAUAAAAUACCUUCCACUUAGGACUUUAUAAUAACGUGGUAAUCGUAAUUUUACGCUGCAUUGGACACAGGUAUUGCUUAUUGUUAGCAAAUUUACAUAUGUUCAUUUGAUACAUCAAAUUGAUUGGUGCACAUAAAUGGUUCUUGGCAUGAGCUGUUAAAGCAUUUUGUAUAGUCUGAAUUAGUUUGAGAUGUUUUUUCUUUCAAUUAGCCCUACAUAUUAAUAGGGAUAGCUGGGUGAGCAGAAAAAACUAUAUGUGUAAAUAGAAACUAUAUUCUAUCAUAUCUAUACAUAACAAAUACCAGAUAACCUUUAUGACCCCCUAAACUGAAGCCAACUCUCUUGGGGGUUAUCUUUAUAAUAACUGAAGAAAUGUUAGCAAAAUAAGUUACCACAUCGCUCUUUACGAAACACGUUUGAUGUUUGAUUUGAAGUAAUUCUGUACCAAAUCUGAGUGCGAGUUGAGUCCAGUACCCUAACAAGACUGUGUAUUCGAUCUUUAUUUUACUUAUAGUGAAAAUGUCUAAAAACGUGUUGGUUGUGGGAAGUGGCGGCAGAGAGCAUGCGAUUGCAUGGAAGCUUUCUCAAAGUGAGAAGGUGAAAAGAAUUUAUGCUGCCCCAGGAAGUCAAGCCAUUCAACAGGUGGAUAAAGUGAAAAAUGUCAACCUAGAUAUUAGAAACUUCAAGGACAUUGUGAAAUUUUGCAAAGAUAGUCAAGUAUCACUGGUAGCAAUAGGCCCUGAAGACCCCUUGGCCACUGGUCUGGCUGAUGCUCUAACAGCUGAAAAGAUCAACACAUUUGGACCAGAGAAAAAUGCAGCACAAAUUGAAAGCAAUAAAGACUGGGCAAAGGCUUUCAUGGACAGACACAAUGUACCAACUGCUAGAUGGAAAUCUUUUAGCAGUCCUCAGGAGGCAAAGAAAUUCAUCAAUAAUGCCCCCUAUGCUGCCUUGGUGGUCAAAGCAAGUGGACUAGCUGCUGGGAAAGGGGUAGUUGUGGCUAAAAAUACAAAUGAGGCGUGUGAUGCUAUUGAUGACAUGCUCACUGGCAAGAAAUUUGGAGCUGCUGGUGAUACAGUCGUUGUUGAAGAACUUUUACAAGGAGAAGAAGUCUCUGUGUUGGCGUUUUGUGAUGGAAAUACGGUUGUACCAAUGCUACCAGCACAGGAUCAUAAAAGAAUAUUUGAUAACGACCUUGGCCCAAACACGGGUGGAAUGGGCGCAUAUUGCCCAUGUCCAUUAUUAGACUCAGAACAGCUUAAAUAUGUCCAGAAAGAGGUACUGGAGAGGACUGUCCAGGGAUUUAAAAAGGAAAAUAUUAAGUUUGUAGGUGUAUUAUAUGCUGGUCUCAUGCUGACCAAAGAUGGACCCAAAGUACUAGAAUUCAAUUGUCGAUUUGGCGAUCCUGAGACUGAAGUGAUCCUACCAUUGCUUGCCUCGGACCUUUAUGAUAUUAUGACCGCAUGUUGUGAGGGAACCUUAAGUAGUCAAAGAAUUCAGUGGAAGGAAAAUUUGACAGCUGUUGGUGUUGUUAUCGCUUCCAGGGGUUAUCCAGAGACAUCUAGCAAAGGACAGGUCAUAACAGGAAUAGAAAAAGUAUCUGCCAUGCAUAAUCAUGUAGUAUUCCACUGUGGCACAGCAUUGAAAGAUGACAACAUAGUAACAAAUGGAGGCAGGGUCUUGAUAGCUGUAGCUCUAGCGCCUGAGCUAGUAAUUGCUGCAGCUAAGGCAACAAAUGCUUGUAAGGUUAUCAAUUUUGACGGUGCUCAAUACAGGAGGGAUAUUGCCCAUAAAGGAAUUGCGAAGUCUAUUUUGGGCAGCGGAAAGCUGACCUACAAGCACAGUGGUGUAGACAUUUCUGCAGGCAAUGAGCUGGUUACCCACAUCAAACCUGCCGCCAAAUCUACAAGCAUACCAGGAGUCAUGGGUGGGCUAGGAGGUUUUGGUGGACUGUUUGACACUGCCGCAGCUGGGUACAAAGAUCCGUUGCUUGUCUCUGGUACGGAUGGAGUAGGCACGAAACUCAAGAUUGCACAAGAAAUGGGCAUACAUGACACUAUAGGAAUUGAUCUGGUAGCGAUGUGUGUCAAUGACGUCUUGGCUCACGGGGCCGAGCCAUUGUUUUUCUUGGACUAUUUUGCCUGUGGGUCUCUGGAUAUCCAAACUGCAAAGCAAGUGGUUAGUGGAAUCGCUGAGGGUUGUAGACAAGCUGGAUGUUCCUUGAUAGGUGGUGAGACAGCAGAGAUGCCUGACAUGUACCCGCCAGGAGAAUACGAUUUGGCAGGUUUUGCUGUAGGAGCAGUAGAACGUACCCAACUGAUGCCUCACAUAGCACAGAUCAAACCUGGGGACGUACUGAUAGCGUUGCCAUCUAGCGGCGUACACAGCAACGGGUUCAGUAUGGUCAGGAAAGUCAUGAAGUUGGCUGGAGUCAGUUAUAAGCAGAAAUCACCUUUUAGCAAGGAUAAUAAAAGUUUUGGCGAAGAACUGCUAGCUCCAACAAAAAUCUACGUCAAGGCAGUGAUCCCAGCAGUAAAAACCGGCAAAGUAAAAGCCUUCGCUCACAUCACUGGCGGUGGUCUCCUGGAGAAUGUACCCCGAAUUCUGCCUGACGAAGUAGCGGUACGACUUGAUGCCACUAAAUGGAUCAUACCACAUGUGUUUUCAUGGCUAGCCACUGCGGGAGGAAUCAACGCCACGGAGUUGUUGAGGACGUUCAACUGUGGAGUUGGUGGAAUACUGGUCGUGAAGAGUGCCGAUGUGGAUGAAGUUUUGGGGUUGGUCAGGUCCCAGGGAGCUACGGUCGUGGGGGAGGUCAUCGCGAGGAAAGGCGAAGAACAAGUGUUUGUUCCAAACUUCACAGAAGUCAUGGCAGGGCUGAUGAGGGUACAUGUUCCUGGUAUAGUCGAAAAACACAUGAUCCAAAAGAAGAAAGUUGGGGUACUAAUAUCUGGCAGUGGUACAAAUCUUCAAGCGCUGAUAGACGCCACUCAAGAUCCGACGCAACAUAUUGGAGCAGAAAUAGUCCUAGUUAUAUCGAACAAACCUGAUGUUGAAGGUUUGAGGAGAGCAGAAAGAGCUAACAUUCCUACUAAGGCGAGUUUGAAAACCAAAAUACAUUUGCAAUGUUGAUUGAAGUACACUUUGUCACAGAAAUCAAAGCUGUUUUGCAUUUUUAAUCAACAAAUUUUAGCAAAUACGAAAUAAGGUUCCCAAAGAGCCCCUACCAUAAGGAAAGACUCGAGGUGAAAUCCGGCAACACCGCUGAACGCGGUUGUCCCCCAACGCAAAGUGCUUCAAAACAGGAGGACCCCAAUCCGUGAAUAGGUUGUUCAGAUUCCUGGGAGCUUACGGGCUGCGGUCCUUCUGUUUUGCGUACAGUUGUCGCCGUACACCUCUGUCAACUGACGAUGCAUAUUCAGGGGUGGAGUCCUUUGGGCGGGCAAAAAAACGAGUUAUGGAACUAAUCUCGCACUAGGAUCAACAAUGGGAACCUCCAUAUUGAAUGGCUGCUGAGCCAAGAAUGUAGUAAUAUGUAGUUCGUGAAGGAACAAGUUCAAUCGAACGAAUCUUGUGAUUGAACUAAGUGAACUAGUUAUCAUUCCCUGAAAAACUCGUUUACCUGUACACUACCAACGAUUGGUAUUGCAGGAUACCGAUGAUCCAAGCAAACCGUUUGUGAGUGAACGAACGAGAUAGGAGAAAUUGAGACGGAACACAACCGUCAACAGAAGGUUGUAUAACUAGUUGCCUGUAAAAAUGCAUAUUUCCAUUUAAAUUCAUUAUUUUUUCAACCGUAUCGGCUUCUAGUCAAUUUCUGCUCACAAGACUGUUUGCUUAGCCUUCGAAAAAAGUCGCUCGCAUGGCACAGAUGACAGACAAACAUUAUUUAAAUAUCUCAAAUAGUCUGGAAUAGAUUUUGCGGUUCAUCAAAAUGUUUAUUAAGUUUCUUCUUCAGUUCAUUUUCCGCUUGAUUUUCGUCUGCGGUACAAAAAAAACCUGAAAGGAGAACAUCUGGAAACCCUAAUCAAAGGUAGAUUUGCAUUAUAUAUUAUAAACCUGCUGAACUGAUGAAAACAACAAACCAAAGUGUAUCCCACAUUAUUUGAUUGUUAGAAAACGUGUAAAUCUCAUAGCUACUAUGUUGAGAAUUUAAAUUUGAAACGUUCAUCUUGAUAAAAAAAAUGAAAACCAAAAAAAUCAACAAUACAAGGUGUUCCGAAGCGGUUACCCAUCUAAAUACUAACCGGACCCAUGCUUCUUAGCUCCGGGGAUGAUGAAAGAUUGAUGCGACUCUUUCACUGACACUCUUAUCAGUUCGUUCACGAAACAGUUCCCAGUGUAGUGAGCGUGACCUAUUGAACUAGUUCACCGAAAUGAACUAGAAAGCGCAUUACUAGAUGAAGCGCGGCCGGGGGCAUCGAGCGUGGGGGAACAGCCGCGCACAGCGGUGUUGCCGGAUUUCGUCUUACACCUUCCGUGUGGCUGAUGAAGCUCUCUAGAAACCUAGUAUCUGGAUCAACCCUCGUAUUUGAACAACUUCACUUCACAAAAAUUAGAUACAAGGUUAGAGCUUUCUCCUCGCUUUACGAUAAUAUGCAUUGUGCUUAAAGAACCAAUCAUGACAAUUAUGUCAUAUCCUAAUGUAGUUGAUUCCAUCUUUAGUCCGUCAAACAUCCUUUCAUUUGCUAUUGAAAAAAGAAAAUAUGACAAUAUGUACCUUGAGUAUCUCGAAAAAUUAAAAGUUAUAUGCAAUACUCAACUCCUGAUUGACACUUAAACGUUCAUAUCAUUUUUUUCACAUCAUUCAGGUGAUCGUCCACAAAAACUACCCGACUCGAGAACAAUUCGACGAAGCUAUGGAUGCUGAGCUAGCCAAAGCUGGAGUUGAAAUAGUAUGUUUGGCUGGUUUCAUGCGGAUUCUAAGUAGCAAAUUUGUCAGUAAAUGGAGUGGCAAAAUGCUGAAUAUUCACCCGUCGUUGCUGCCACUCUUCAAAGGCACGGAUGGACAGAAACAGGCGCUGCAAGCUGGAGUCAGAGUUAGCGGAUGCACUGUACAUUUCGUUGUGGAGGAAAUGGAUGCAGGCGGCAUCAUAAUUCAAAAGGCAGUUCCAAUUGAAAGCGACGACACUGUUGAGACACUAACAGAGAGGAUAAAGACAGAAGCGGAGCACAAGGCAUAUCCAGAAGCUUUGAGGUUGCUAGCAAACAAUAAAGUUAGGCUAGGAGAAGAUAACAGGGUGAUUUUGUUGUGAAACAGAUAAAGGAAUCUCACAAUAUGCAUUUAUUAAAAUUCAAUUCAUAUGAAUUGUAUUACGAAAUUGUUAUUAGAUAAAAAUUUUACAUAAUCUUUAAAUAAAAUACUUUUUUGAAACGUUUUA